AUGAAUGCUUGCCCAACAUCAGUUCCUGAAAUCACUCCACGGUUACUUCUUAAAGAUGCUGCUUAUGGUGCUGCUGCCUAUGGUUACUAUGAGCUUUCUAACUACCUGAGCUUCAAAGAUUGGUUUAAUGGUGCUUUAUCCCUUGAACUGUCAAAUGAUCAUCCAAAUAUGUGUAUCAUCCAUCGAAAAGUUGCACUGAUACUAGGACAAUGGGUUUCUGAGCUGGCAGCUUGUCGGUCUUUGUGUUUGCAUAUUGAGGAUGCAAACUUCUCAGAGCAAGAAUUUCUAGAUCUUCUUCCAAUCUGCUUUGAUUCGUGCUUUAAGUUGGUUGAGGAGGUUCAGGAAUUUGACUCAAAGGUUCAGGUUUUGAAUUUGAUCUCUGUUCUUAUUGGACAUGUCCAUGAGAUCAUUCCAUUUGCAAACAAGUUGGUGCAAUUUUUCCAGAAGUUAUGGGAAGCAACACUUUCCCAUGCUCCUGCAACGGAGCCUCGACUACUAGCGUACUUCCCAUGUCUCGUGGAAAUCAUGGAAAGAAGUUUUGAUCACUUGCAAGUUGCUGUAAAUAUCUUUGAGGAUUACACAGUUUUGGGUGGGAUUGAAUUUCUAUGA